AUGCUCUCGAUCCGCAUUGAUAGGCAGGUGGUAAACGUUCAGCCGACAAGGGAAGAGUUUGGAUAUGGUUUGAGCAGGUUAAAAGUGAAGCGAGCGCAGCGGACGAGGACAACCAACUUCGUCGAAUGCAAGUCUGUGAUCCCGAAAUUCUCGCUGUGCUCUUCGGAUCAACGAAUGAUUUCGGCACGUUGGGCUUUGCCCACGCUCCUUCGAGAGACGCUUUCCCCGCCCCCCUUCAGUUCUGCGACUGUAUAUGCAUAG